AAUGACAACAAAAUUUCGAGAAGAAUGUUUUUGCGUUUAAUAGAAAGUAUCACAAAUUCUUUCAUUUUAUGAUAUUUAUAGAAAGAUUCAAUAUCAAGUCUCACGUUAUUGUUUGAUGAAUAUCGUAUUUUAGAAAAACUUUUAUUUUGUAUCCAAAUAGAAAAGAAACACCAUAUCUACUAUAUUAGCAAUGAUUUUGCUACUUUCUCAUUAGUAUGAAAUCGUCUAUUAAUUAUCAAUGAUUUCUUUGUAAAUGAUUAGACAAGAUGUAAGCGAAUGUCUAUAGAAUAGAGAUUAACAACGGUAAAUUUUGCUUUUAAUUUCAUUGACGAAGUGAUCAUAAGUUCUUUUCACUCGUGUCACUCUUUACCUACAAAAUAAAUGUAUCUUGUUUUUUUUUUUAUUAAAUGCUAAUCAUUUAUAAUGAAACAGGUAGAUCGAUCGUUAGAAAUCUUCUUGAGAUCUUAGCUGGGGACUACUGAUGUCCAUUAAAAAUGUGUAUCAUUUUGACCUGUCGAAAUUGAAUAAAUCUGCAUAACUUCAUGUUUUCGAUGAAUGAAAAUUUCAGAAUAUAAUAAGUAAGAAGAUAUGUGUUUAUGAGGAAAAUUUGAGACAAAACGAAAUGAGUAAGGAAAUUUUAGUAAAAGAAAAUUCGUUUGCCACUUAUUUCUUUAAUUAAAUAUAUGUAUGUAGUUUUCUUUUUUUCUAUAACUUCUCAUAGAUAUCAAUUCAUCAUUGAAUGCCAAUGAUGAUAUUUCGAGACACGAUUUUUCAAUCCUUUUUUUUUUUAUAAAUAUUCACCUACAAUCAUAGAAGAAUGAGUACAUUUCAUUGUAUUAUAGAGUAGAUAUUGAAAUUUUUCUCCGGUAAAUUGACUCUUGACCAUCUUUUACUUAUACUUCUUCCUGGAGCAAUGAAGACAUGUAGUAGAUAUUUACCAUUUUCUCAUCAUAACGGAGAUUUUCCUGAAUCGAAAACUUCCGAUAUAAUCUUAAUAUACAUAUAUUAGAUUUUUAUAUAUUUAUAGUGUACAUCAAAUGAACCAAAACCAAUAGAAUACAGACUCAAUUAUGAUGCUGUCAACCAAAAAGGAAAUGAAUCGAUUGAAACGUUACAAGAAUAUUUCAAUAUUCUUUGUGAAACGUGCGCAAUAUUUGCUAAUUUUCUGAUGAAAACUUCUGAGAUUCAACAAAAUGAUCCAUUUUUAUUUGGCAUCGAUAGAAUAAUAAAUGAAGAAGAUUUUAUUUGUCAAAAAGAAACAUCAAGUGAUUUCAAUAGAGAAUUAAUUGGCCAAUUGAAGCAACUAAAAAUGAACUAUGAACAUCAAGUGAAAACAAUAGAAUUAAAUGAAAACAGCACAACAUUAUCUCAUAUUUACCAGUUAAUAAAUCGAAUGAAUACAGUGCCGAUGAUUACAAUACAAUUAGAUGCCAUUAAAAACUAUCAUGAAAUUUUAUUGAAAAACAAUGAACAUGAUGUUCCUAUAAAUAAAAUUUAA